AUGAAGAAAAAACAUACAAAGGGACAAGUAGUGGCGUUUCUCAGCCAGAAGCAGGCCAUGAGACGCUUGCAAUUAAAUCUUCCCAACUUUAGACGGUUGUGCAUAUUAAAAGGAAUAUAUCCUGUGGAACGAGGAGCAGAAAAAAGCGUUCAUAAGCAUAAAGGGAUUUAUAUCCAAGCGGAAAUUGAUGGAAUUCCAGUGGUCUGGAUUAUCCCUCAUGCGUCUGUAACUCAUACACCUACUGAUGUGGACUACCGUAUAUUGGCGACAUGUUUAGAAUUCGAUGCCACGUUAGUAGGGUCUUUAAUGUGCCAUUUGUAUCGGAUCAACAAUUUAGUAUAUCCUCCGAAGCUUGCUGUUCGUGUCGAACAUGACCCAAAUGGUUAUUACUGUGGACAAAAAGAGAGUCUUUUCGAGUUUAUGUCAUCCCUCAGCUUCCCAUUGAAGCGUUCGGAGCCAGCUGGUGAAGUGACCGAUGAUGACAUGACGGAACUUCAAGCUAUCGAUGAACAGGUCUCAAAAGCCAUAAGUAAACAACUAGAAGUUCAAAAUGUUAAGAAAUUGUUCAAGAAUAAGCGUUUCUUUCUUAUGCGUGAAGUCCCUCGAGAAGUAAUUUGUUUGAUAAUACGAUCGUGCGGUGGAGAGUGUUCAUGGGAUAAAAUUGUUUCCCCGGGAUACACAUUCCAAGAAGAUGAUCCUACCAUUGAUUACCAAGUGGUGGAUCGCCCCUUGACAGAUAUGAAGUUGACCCGAUACUAUGUACAACCACAGUGGGUUUUUGACUGCCUAAAUGCUGGCAGGUUACUGCCUACACAAGAUUACCUUCCUGGUUGUAGUCUCCCACCCCAUUUGAGUCCCUUUGUGGGAAGCUCUGGUACCGAUGAGGCUCUGAACACUGCAAUUAACUCACUCACAACCCGUGGUGGACUUACAGAAGCUGAUUAUCUGGCUGGUUUAGUCAGUUUGGCUGAAAUCCGUGGAGCCAGAGUACAGGCGCAGUCCGAAGAUACAACCGAAAAAGAUUCAGUAAUGAAAGAAAUUUUGGAUGACUCUGCUAAAAAGGAAAGUCAGUUGAAAACAGAUGAGCAUGCAAAGGAACGCCGUAAACUUAAGAAAGUUACAAGGGGUAUGCAGCCUAAGGUAACUCCUGGUCGAACUGAAAGUGAAGCAGCAAAGCAGUUCAAAGAGAAAGAGGAAGCGAAUGCUGAACGAAAACUAAGGGAAUUAAUGCUGCCGAAAAAGCAUAAGAACGUUUACAAGAAAAUGGUACAUUCCAUCAAGAGAAAGGAAAAGGAAGUACGUCAGUUGACAGCAAAAAGACGCCAAAUCGACGCCUAUUUUAUUUGUGUUUUAGCAUUCUGGGCUGUUGUAUAUUCGUUGCAACUUCACUAA